UAAGCAACCAAUCCACUCUUCAAUUGAUACUAAACGCACAGGCUAUAAUUAGCCCAAUAUGAUAUGUUAAAAAGUGUGCACACGCCUCGUAAAUUAGAUCACGAUCGGUCUUUCUUAAUUUCUCCCCUCUUCCACGUUUCUGUGGUUAACGUCAUUGAAUGGACAACAGUUGCCGCUGAGGCCAUGACAGCCAGGUCUAGUUUAGCCAAUUGCUUUUUUUUCGGAAGGUCGCAUGUACGUGCGAGAACAUCAAAAAUAUAAUACACGGGAAUGGUACUGGUCGUAAAUGGGGUUCUCCAGGAGGAGACCCCUUCGGAUAGUCGAUCUUUAUAUGCUGCACACCCGAUAUAUCGAGAAACAGCGACGCAACUUCAUAUGACACCAGCAAAGCUUGUUGGUCCUGCUGGACUUUUAUAUAUUCAACAACGAGAAAUGGCUGCUACUCUGCCACAUGAUAAAAAUGUGAAUAUUCUUGGAUCAGAUGACGUAACGACAUGUGUAAUUGUUGUGCUAAGGCAUUCUGGUUCUGGUGCAGUUGCGUUAGCACACCUAGACGGCGCAGGAACAGAAGACGCAGCGGUUCAAAUGAUCCAGAAAGUAUCAGAAUUGGCUCUUGGUUUUCCUGAGGGACGUCUUGAGAUUCAACUUGUCGGUGGUUAUUCUGAUCCAAGAAAUUAUUCUGAAGAGCUUUUCUAUAAUAUACUUUCGGCGUUUCACAAACAGCCUAUCGAGGUAGAUCUUACAUUAUGUUGUGUAGGUGAGCUCAAUACAACAGUAAGAGGUAGUAUUCACUGGCCCAUAAUAUAUGGUAUAGGUCUUAACGUCAAAACUGGUGAGAUUUUUCCGGCAACUUUUCCUGACAAGGGACCAGAUCAGGCACUCAGAUGUGCUAGACACUUAACCGGUGGACAACAGGUUCUGGAUGUUUAUGAUUGCACACUUGGUCUUUUGAGAAUUGGACCAUUUAAUUAUGAUCCUUUACGAGGUGUUGAUCUUUGGCUCGCACAGUCAGAUCAAUGUAUUUUACAACAUCUUUCAACAUCACCAGACGUUGAACUGCCACAUUUUGUUUCUCAGAUGCGUGCAACUCUUAAAUAUAUACAAGAUAACCAAUUUCCAGCUGUAACGGUAUUCCGAGACAAUAGGCCACAUUAUUAUCGACGUGAUGAAACAACUGGUACUUGGCAGCCAAUACGAUAUUAAUAAUCGGGUCAUCAUUUUCAAAAUUCUGAACUAGUAAAUUCACGAUCUAUAACGAUACAAAUUUUUGGGCUAAUCUAUACAUUCGAAAUCAUUGAAAAGAUUGUUUUGGUAAAACAAUAAAUUAUUAA